ACGUUCGUCAGCCAAUCAGAUUCAAGCAUUAAACGGCCCCGUGGUAUAACUAGUGAUAAUCAAUGAAAGACGUUCUAGAAAGUUUCUUAUUUCGGUUUUUAUGAGAGAGUACAAUUUGACGCUGGUCCCUAUGCGAUAAGAAGUUUUCCCUCGUUUUCAUUGGCUGAGGCAGAAGACUGGCGCGGUUGUUCGAGGAAGCUUACACUGUCAGAUCAAUUUUUUCUUUUAUAUGAAAUAACAGGUGAUAUUUCUUUGAUGCCCUCUGUUAUCCCAAUAUAAAUACACGGGAAAAGUGACAGAUUUAGAUAUGAACUUGAGUCAUGUUCCAUUGACUCCGUGAGGAGUUUAUUGUCAGUUUGACUCGGCCAAAUGCAGUGUAUGUGGUGUGUAUGCAGGAAUCUGACCUGAUCCUGAUUAUAUGACAUGGAGAGCAAGAGCAGUCAGUUUCCUUUCCCUUUCCAGCCCUAACACAUCCAGGAGAGAAGAAAGCAGAGAAAGACAUUGUGAACAAGGUAAAGGAUGAAGACCUGAAACGGAAGAAGCGAGAGGAGAGACUGGAGAUGAUCCGACACAAUGCACUGCUCAGUAAUGCCAUGAUGAGAAAAGUGGUGGUGUUGCCUUAUCAGUCGCUGCUCCAUGCUUCCACCCGCAAAGCGUCCGGGAUCAAACUAAAGGAUCAGAUUGUGAUUAUAGAUGAGGCUCAUAAUCUGACUGACAGCAUCUCAGCUGUACACAGUGCAGAAAUCAGCGGAGCGCAGCUCUGCGGGGCUCAUUAACAGCUUCCUCAGUACUGUGAGCGCUACAGGUAAAGUGGGUCAGAAUCCAAACACUUAGUCCUGCCAACCAGGAAGCGAGCUGCUGACCACCAAUGACUUCCUGUUUAAGGCUCAAAGUUCAGAAAUAUUUCGAGAAGAGCAUGAUCAGCCAAAAACCGUUUGGAUUUGUGGAGAAAUACGAAGGCAGUGGUGUAAACACACACUCGGGGUCUAAGAACACAGAGAACCGUCUCAUAGAAGGACUGGGACGCUUCCUGCAGAUGCUUCAGAACAGACCUACAGAUGUUUCAGAGCAGCAGAUGGCAGUAGAAGACAAACCAAUCAUGUCUUCCCCAAUGAUGCUGGAUGAAAGGUUCCUGUUAGCCCUCACUAAAGCCAACAUAGACGGAGGAGUCGUGAUACAAAGGCAGGGCAAAUGUAUUGUUAUGGUUGGAAUGUCGUAUCCCAACACGUCACCGGAGCUGCAGCUGAAGAUGUCUUACCUGGACAAGAACAUGCCUCAUGAAGGUGGUAAAAGUCCUGGGAAGGCACUGAUUGAGAACUGCAUGAAAGCUGUCAGUCAAUCUAUUGGUCGUGCGAUCCUUCAUUGUGGUGAUUAUGCAUGUAUUGUUCUGUGUGCAGGCACGCUGCAGAAACUUCCAGAAUGGAUUCGAUCCAGCACGCACACACACACAACAUUUGGUCCCAGCUUCGCCAGCAUCAGGACGGUAAGUGUACUGUGCAGUAUGUUGUAUAUACUGCCUACUUUUUUUUUUUUUUAAUUUUGUACAGUAAACAGCAUGCAACAAAUUCAAACAGUAGUAUAGACCCUUUUUCUGUUAGUAAACAUUGUGACCUUUUUCUGUGGGCGGAGCUUAGGUGGAGGCAGAAAGAUUCCCCUGACGCUCGCUAGCUAUGAAGUUUGUUAGCUUGUUUUUUUUUUAACAGUGACUGGAGAAAAUCUGAUAUUACCUGCAUAUGUAAACCC